AUGUCUCUGGCCAGUUAACAAGAACAACCCGUGAUUGAGGACGUGCAACACUAAUGGGCUACAGAUCAUACGUAAACUAUAAUGUGCAAGCUGAGCUAUAAAAACUGAGGAAGCAGAUCCUGCAGUCUCAAUCCUAGUGUAAUGAGAACAAACUGGUGAAAAGGAAAGCCUUGGUCAUUAUUGAAGGGUGAGCUUUCUUUUUAUAAUAUUCCACGUACAGUACUACUUCUCCAUAUUUCUUUUUGGCCUCGAUCUCAUGCAGGAUUCUCAUUUCUCCCUAGAGCUCUUUCUAUCAAUAAGGAGACGUUCUUCCAUGGAGAUUUCUUCCAUUAGAGGGUUAACUCAUGAAAUGGAUAUGGAGGAUCCUAGGUUCACCAGCCAGUGGCACAUGAACUCUGUCGAUGAGCUAAGCAUACCGCCGCUAGCAGCCACAUUUGAAGAAACUUUACAACAGUACUCUUUCACUCAUCCAAACUUCAAUCUCAAAAAUGCCAUGGCAACUUCUCGGACUGGUAUUGAUUCACCCAUGAAACUGCUCAAACCCAACAGCUGGAACUCAUCCAAACUUGAACAUGUAUCGUAUCCACAACUUCCCCCUUCUCAAAACGUUCUAUCAUUUGCCAAUGCAGACUAUGCAAAUCAAAUGGGCAUUUUAAAGCCAAAGGAGGAGACCGCAGUAUGUUUCCAAAAAUUUAAUACCCUUCCUUCUGAUAUUUUGAUUUCUCAAGAUUCCUUGGGGAAUCAAGAUUAUGGACUUAAGGCCUGUCAGGGAGGUAGGAGUAUUAGGAGAAGCACUAGACAUUCUCAAACACCGGAUCACGUUAUAGCAGAAAGGAAAAGGCGAGAGAAGCUCAGUCAGCGGUUCAUUGCUUUGUCUGCAUUAAUACCUGGCCUAAAGAAGACGGACAAGGCUUCUGUUCUUGGCGAUGCUAUCAAGUAUCUGCAACAACUGCAAGAACGAGUGAAGACACUUGAGGAACAAACUAAGAAGAUAAACAUAGAAUCAGUCUUUCUAAAGAAAUCACAACUCUUCGUUGAUGGUGAGAACUCUAUCUCAGGUGAAAACUUCUCCAGCGAUCCCCUUGAUGAGCAUCUACCAGAAAUUGAAGCAAGAUUCUGUGACAAAAAUGUCCUCAUAAGAGUUCACUGUGAGAAAAGGAAAGGAGUGGCAGAGAAAUCAAUCGCUGAGAUUGAAAUGCUCCACCUAACAGUCAUUAAUAGCAGUGUCAUAACAUUUGGGAGUUCUGCACUUGAUAUCACUAUUAUUGCUCAGAUGGAUGAGGGAUUCUCCAUGACAGUAAAGGAUCUUGUGAGGAGUCUGCGCUCAGCUUUUGAGUUUAUCAUGUGAAACGUAGCAGCAAUUUCAGCCAAGAUAUUGAGGAGUAUCACUUCUUUGCUGCUUUUGUAAGGUUAUUAAUUCAGAAGGCCAGGAAUAAUUAAAGGGGCCAGAAAUGCUCUACCAUCUUAAACCAUCUAUUUCUAAGCUUCAUUGCUGCGAGGUCCAUUUCGUAGGUCCUUUCAUUUUUUUUUUUAAAUGUUUUUUUUUUUUUUUUUUUUUUUUUGCAUGCAUAACCUCUUCACCAUGUUAAUGAAUCAAUGACCCACCUGUAUAUCGCUAGCUACUUCGUCGUGUUUUAUGGUUUUCAAGGCACCUUGAAAAUUCUCCUCUCCUCGGGCCUCCUUUUUUCCUUGUAAUUAAAGUCAUUGGAUUGUAACAGUCUAGUUGAUAACAAUGCAAUAAUUGCAACUUCUA